AUGCCAGAUUUGGAAAGUUUAUACACGCUACACGCUUAUGGAAAGCUUUCAAAAGUUCGGUUUGCCGCUUCGCAACAGGCAUACGAUAGUCGGAUCACGUUAUUCGCAACAGGUACUUGGGACGAAAAAAAGAAUAAUGCUUUAACGUUAUGGAAAUUGGAAGAAAUACCAAUCAGUCUGCGCAAUCUCGUUCCUUUUUCAUACGAAAAUAAAAUUAUCGCUAAGGUAGAUCACAAGGGAGAUGUGAGGGAUAUGCAAUUUAUUGGCGAUAGUUUCUUGCUCACGUCAUCCUCAAAAGGUUGUCUUAAUGUCUUCAAUUGCAUCAAGUCCGAACGUCAGACUGAGCAUGAAACAGAUUUCGAGAACAAAAGCGCUGCAGCUACGGGCAUGGCGAUCAAGCCUUUCGGUUCUCCAGAUACUGAAAUUGCUAGUGUCGGAGAAGAUGGUAGACUUGUCCUUUUUAAAAUUACUGAUCAAAAUCAUUACCAAGUAGUAGAUGAUGCCGAUGCAUCUGGUCUCAGAGCAGUUUCGUGGCCGUCUUCGGAUCGAAUAAUUACUGCUGGGAGUUCCGGGCAACUAAGAAUAUUUGAUUAUAGAAAUCCGAACAAACCGUGUGCUAAGUUUUAUGAUUCCGCUCAUCCGAGGGAUUCUCUGAAUUGUUUAAAGGUUAAUUCAUCACAGGUGCACCAAAUUGUUUCAGGAAGUUCUCAAGGUUUUGUGACAAUAUGGGAUACUAGGAAUCUGUCAAGACCAGAGAAACAAUCACAUCCGCAUAAAAAUAGUGGUAUUGCCGUAUAUCUGUAUAUAUCAUUAGCUGUUCUGAGCUGUUCCGAGGACGGCACGAUUGGAAUCAUGGAUUUUAAUGCGCAUGCCGAAAACCUUAGGCACCAUGGUUCAUUGCGGGAUUCAAUAUUAAUUCGAAAACUAGGAAGUGGAUUCAAUAAUCUUGCUAUUAAUUCGAUUGAUUACCACCCAGUAGCAAGAUUGCUAAUUGGUGGAGGGGAUAGUCAAAAUUUACUUUUAAAAGAAUUGGAAUAA